ACGGAUGCCAACCGACAAACUCAGUCGGAAUCCCAAUCUGUGUCCAGUGGUAAUCCUAUGGAAACCUUUAAAACUAUGACACCUCCAAACGUCAGUCGUUCGCUCAGCAGUCGUAAGUGAUCCUGUCGUCAUUUUUUAUCUUUUUGUUUAGAUUUUAAUAAUAUUAAACGAUUCGGAUUUUACGGCGGUACCCCGUGUACCGCCGGAGAAUGCUACGAUUUAACACGAACAUACGUUCAUGGUAAAUUAUAUACCUAGAAACCGCACAUCUUCCCUUUUGACGUACAUUUGUAUAACGUGACUUAUAGCGUCGUCGGCUCUUCCUUGACCUGUACUCGAUUCGAAUAUCAAUAAAUGUUGUAUGACGAAAACACGUUUUGCUUUGGCAUAUCUUCCAGAAAGGCAUCCGAUAAAAAUACUUACACGAAAUAAGUGAAAUAUCGCUGCAUUAUGGUAAAUAAGGUUGAUUAUUUACUGUAAUCGACGGAAGCCUGGGGAACGUGUUUUUUCUAUCAUUCAAGUUUCACGUUAGUUUGGUAUCCGUUGUGUGUAAAAAUUGCGCGUGCAUAGAAUAGAAUCGUGUUCGCAUUGCAUUCUUAGUUAUUUCCCUGUCGAACGUCUUAGCUAAGCUUCGUGGCCACGUGGGAAAAUGGUAUAAGUGCGCAUUGUUUGAAACGCAUAUCGUUGUACCCGUUGAACCCGAUGCACUCCUUACCUCAAAGUGAUUCCACGUUGUUUAUUUCGUAAUUGCGGUAUGUACGUCCGUUUAGAGUUAUCCGUCUUAAAUUAAUUUACCUUAUAGCUUUGGGCGAUAAAUAACUUUGGCCGAUGCCAACGACGAUUCGACCAAGAAGCCCGAAUACUUGGUACAUGAAACAUAUGCUUAAAUUCAUUGCUACAGCAUAGAAUUUUGUGGAAGCUUUUCCCAAUCCGAGGCAACGACGGCGUCGAGUGUCCGUUCGCCGGUUGCAUAAGACCGUAUCGGUGUAAUUUAUCUUCGCAUCGUCACGUAGAAGCGUUGUGUUCGAACCAGGUCCGGUCCGGGUGAUCUUCGUCUCUUUUUGUCUUUGACUCGUUCCCAUCCUAGCAUAACGUACAUUUACCACUCUACCCGCGUAUCAACCUGCUCGGAAGGCGUAGCUCUCCGCAUCCCGUAGUGACGUGGACCCUAUCGCGAUACCACGCGUCCAGCAACCGUACCGUACAGUAGACGCUUUAUUCCUUCAUCGACUCGAUACGCGUAGCAGCACGGAUUGCCGUAUUUUCAAAAUGUUUACGUAGUCACCGCGAUGUCCGAUCCGAUGCAUUCUUCCUCGCUUAUGCGCCUUUAGUCCAAUAAAUGCGUUCAACUCGAUCGACAGGUAAGAACGCGGAAGCAUUCGAAGCAACCUGCACGAGUAAAUUAUUAAUCCAUCAACCUCGAGCAGCUUUUUAGAACAGAGAUCGAUAAUACCCGCGCUUCAUUUGGUACGUCAUCGGGAUUCCACGUUGCAUCGAUUGCAUAUUCAGCGUGAAGUGGUGCUUGAGUUUAAAGACACGUAGCAUUACUCUUGGACGCUCCAAACAGCGUACGCGUCAUUCAAAGGAAUCGCCGAUUGAUCUUACCUUCUGCCUGCUUAACUCGACUGCUUAACCCGGGUUCUAUCGAUCUCGACGGGCGAGAACUUUGGAAUCUUGCGCUAAUGCGGGUCGCUUCCCGAGCUCACGAAAAUGAGCAGUUGCUAAACGAACGCUUUAAAUGGGCAAAAGAAUACAGUCGACGGCCGAAACCUCCGGCCGAUCCCGAAAGAGAAAGGAGGGAAAGAGUAACGAUUAUCGCGCAGCAGUCGAAACGAGGUUUCGAGAAAAGGGGGCCCGGGGUACGAUCUCUCCCUGGAGAAAGAGGUCGUAGUUAACGUUGUAAUGUAACGUGUAGCGGCAGCCGACGACCGACGAUCUCGCCGGGGCAGUGGCCAAACUCAGCCCCCGGGGUUGCCGAAAUUGCCGUCUUCCGAAUCUCUCGUGACGAGCGCGAACGCCAUGACCGGCGCGCCGCCGCCAUCCCCAGGUCUAUCCAUGACGAGCGAGAGCAAUUUGAAAGUCCUGGACAAUUCUUCGGACAAGUCGUUGGACACCUGCAAGUUAACGCGCAAGGAAUCCUACAAGGCGCAGAGGAAGAAUUACCGCAUGGAGAAGAAACGAGUGGCGAACGAGCUUCUGAGUUCCCUGAAGGAUCCAACGGUAGUAGUUAUGAGCGAUUGGUUAAAGGUUCGAGGUACCCUCAAAAGCUGGACCAAGUUGUGGUGCAUUCUGAAGCCCGGCUUGCUGUUGCUGUACAAGAGUCCGAAGAUAAAGAGCAAUCAUUGGGUCGGCACGGUGCUGCUCAACACGUGUCAAGUGAUCGAGCGGCCGAGCAAGAAGGACGGCUUCUGCUUCAAAUUGUUUCAUCCGUUGGAGCAAUCGAUUUGGGCUCCGCGCGGCCCCGAAAAGGAAGCGAUCGGAGCCGUGGUGCAACCACUGCCGACUUCGUACCUGAUCUUUAGAGCUCCGUCUCAGGCAGCCGGGAAAUGUUGGCUGGACGCUCUCGAAUUGUCGUUACGUUGUUCCUCGCUCAUCGUAAGAUCGACGAGCGCUCUACCGCGUUCCCCGCAACACGAUGCGACGACCACGCACGAAACGCAAUGGAGCGAAGCCGACUACGAGAAGCACUUCGAUCACGACCUGGACGAUAUCAGCCAGCCGGAGAACGGGGUGGCGGUCGACGCCGAGAUCAGCCCCUCGGACACCGAGUCGGAGCCCUCGGCCAAGGAGGAGGAGGACGAGGAGGAGAGGAUCAACGAGACGCCCUACGUCGCCAACGAGAACGAGGUCCUGGGAACGGCGGGAGAAGUGGUGGCCGAGCUGCAGGAAGAACAAAAGUCCUUAAUUUGGUUCCUACUGAAGCAAGUCCGACCUGGCAUGGAUCUCUCCAAAGUCGUCCUUCCGACGUUCAUCCUCGAGCCUAGGUCGUUUUUGGAAAAGCUUGCCGACUCUUACUACCACGCGGAUCUCCUCUCCCAAGCAGUAUCGGAAGACGAUGCGUUGACGCGCAUGAAGGGUGUCGUUAAAUGGUAUUUAUCGGGGUUUUACAAAAAACCUCAAGGCCUCAAGAAACCCUAUAAUCCACUUUUGGGGGAAACGUUUCGCUGUUACUGGCAGCAUCCUAAUGGAUCGCGCACGUUUUACCUAGCCGAACAGUUAUCCCACCAUCCUCCAAUUUCAGGAUUCUACGUUACCAAUCGACAAGAUGGAUUCACCAUUAGCGCUACGAUCGUUGCCAAGUCAAAGUUUUACGGCAAUUCAACGUCGGCGAUGUUGGAUGGUGUGGCCGUAUUGACGAUGCUACCAAGGGGCGAGGACUAUACCAUGACGAUACCCUACGCUCAUUGCAAAGGGAUCCUCAUGGGUACCUUGACUAUGGAACUAGGGGGCAAAAUCAAUGUAAACUGUGAAAAAACUGGUUAUCAAACCGAGCUAGAAUUUAAGCUUAAGCCGUUUUUAGGUGGGUCGGAGCAAAUGAAUCAAGUUGUAGGUAAAAUACGGCUUGGAAAGGAGACUCUUGCCACGAUAUCCGGGUAUUGGGAUGGACAAAUCAUGAUUACCGAUAAAAGAACUGGACAAGAAAGCGUGUUCUUCAAUCCAACGGCCGAGGUGCGUAAAAAGAGGUUAAAAAAAUUCACGGUUCCUUUGGACCAUCAAGGACCAUGGGAGAGCGAAAAGUUGUGGUUAUCGGUUACGCAAGCCAUUAAUAGAGACGAUCAGAUAGCCGCUACCGAAGCUAAAACACGCCUCGAAGAGGCUCAACGGGAUCGAGCCAGAGACCGAAAACUCGGUGGCCAGGAAUGGACCCCCAAGCAUUUUGUGCAGGAUAUCAUCACUGGAAACUGGGUAUAUCGCCACGCUGACAUUCGACCCUGGGAUCCCAGAAAUGAUGUUGUGCAGUACGAGCAGGACUACGUAGUUCGAACGAAGACCAGGCACAAGACGCCAAUAAUGCGUACUGGUAGCAUUGUCGCAACAGAACCGCAAACACAGAUACCUUUGCUUCAAGCUGAAUCACGUUCCUCGCUUUCGGUGUUGAAGUCGUCGAAACAGCAGCUGACUUCGAAUUUGCCGCUGACGGAAACAGCUCACGACUCUGGAAGUUCGUCGGCAGAGUUGCACUCCGACUCGAGUCAGUCGAUAGGCAAACGAAGACGUCCAUCUGCCCGAAUCAUUAAUUACAUCAAGGAAAUGGAAAAUCGAAUGAUAGAUCACGGCGAGAAGCUCAAUCGAAUGCAGCGAUUAUUGGAACAGCUUGCGAUAAGACAACGAGAUUUGAAAGAACAAAGCGGGGUAGGCUUGACCCGAAAUAUCUUCGAUACCAUUAUCGUUAUUAUUGCCGUAUUCUUCGUCCAAUUUAUAUCGAAAUUUUGGGGCAGCGAAACCGGCGUUACAAAAGGUUUAUGAUCCGUGUAAUCCCAUCCCGAUAGGUUAAAUGCAAUUAACCAAGCAACGCAUCUCUACGAGCACCAAAUAAACGAAUAGAUCGCUACUUAUCGCGUAAGUGAUAAAAGUAUUGGUCGUAUACUUUGGGCUGAAUCUUAACGUUGAAUGUACAUAGGCAACAGAAAUGCGCACUAUGGCAUAUUGUUAUUCUUAUUAUCAUUAUUUAUCGCGCCUACAAUGAUACCAUUGCACGUUCCGGGCAUUCGAGCUACAUUCAGUGAUAAUUGUAAAUAGUAUUUAUCGAAUGCACCCAAUGUUACGUAAGUCCUAAAAUAAUUUAAUACAACUUAAAUAGUUGAUCGGAAAGAAGCAACGGUACUGGCUCGUAGUCAUUUAUAUCUAAUAUAAAAUAUAUACCAACUUCGUACGUUUAAAGAAACGUGGCGCACUGGCUUAUUCUCGUAAGGUCUUCUGCUAUGUUUUUAUAACAACGGAGAAUCUCAUCGUCAUCGCGUGUCUGGGGUAUUAUAUGGGAAAGAAUUUUUAGAAGGUUUAUUGUGAAAUAUCAGAUUUAACUAAUGCAUACCUGCAGCUUAUCGAUACCUUGUACAUUUCGAUUCAGUUUUAUCUUCAGUACUUUUGUUCAUUAAAUCACUCUCAGUGUUAGUUUUAAAAGUUGAUGGAAUGUUUGCAACGGAAACAUUUAAUCUUUACAAGACAAUAUUACGAAUUAAUAGAAUCUGAUGCAAAUGUUGUCCAAACAAUUUGUUUAGUCAUUAGGUUUUGUGCAUCAUAAAUCGCGAGUACUUUACACAAACAACCAGUCUGUAACUUAAAACGAAGCAAAAUAUUGAUAUAAUCCAUUAAUUGAUACGAGGAAUACGUCUAUAUAAAUAUCAAUAAUAUAGGCACUUAUUUGUAUCAAUUUCUUUAAUAAUAUGGUGGAUAUUUAUCUCGCCAAACAUCAACAUUAGUUGCUUUGCGGAAAUGAUGUAUUAUAAACUGUUGUUUGGUUAUCAUUUUGAUAUUAAUUUGGAUCUUGAAUUUUCUCGUACCAUGUCACGGGUGAUGUGACGUUAAAAACAUCAUCACCUUAAAAUGCCGUGGAUAUCUUGAUACGUAUGAGCUUGGAUUUCGUCAAUGUCUUGUUAUCUGACUUUGGUUUACGAAUAAAUGGCAUACUGGUAUCCAUUCAUAUGUAAAACAUCUCAACGUGUUUAUUUUGCGACGAAUUUCGAUCCGCGGGGAAUUUCCUUAAUAAGUGAGGGUGUUAGUUUGAUUUUGCACGAAAAUCUGGAUAAAAGAUGUGGCUACGAUACUUCGUCACUUUCCACCUCUUACCCCAAUACCUCUAACUUGUACAUUAAAUUACUUAAAUUAUCGUUUCUAUAUUAGAACCAUUUACUACUGUUACUUUUUUUAAUAUAGUUUCUGCGGAUGACGGCUACGACGAUUAGAAGAGGUGUUCGUUAAGAUUAUUACGUAUAGUUGUAGAUAUACGAUUGUAUUUUAGUACAGGCAGCUACUGCCUAUAGAUGUAACGAACACGGCAGUUAUAGCAGAAUAUUAACGAGUAAAAAAUAUAUUUAUAUAAGCGGAACAAUUCUCAUGACCGUGGGCUUCGGCAGUAGUUGUAUUUUAAAUUAAAUGCCUUUGGGUAGUUGAUAUCGAAACAUAAAAUUAAAAUACAUUCCGCUGUUUUUCACCAGAUCCACGAAGUUUCUUUAACUCAAAUAUUACAUCAGUGCAAUUCCGUGCAAUUUACGGUGCAAGAUCUGCUGCACCAUCGGUAGCUAGUAUCUAACAAACUGGUCAGCCGUACUGUAUACACUCAUGUGUAUCUUAUGGACAGGUAUCCUGUAUAAACGUGCCAUGUUACCUUGUUAACUUUAUGUCGAUGUACAUAUCUAAUUUCAGCAAGUACAUAAGCUUUUUCCUUAAUUUCCAUAUUGUGUAAACAAUUUUGAACCUGUAAUAAAGUUACGCUUCUUUUAAA